AUGGAUGAGGAGUGGCUGGAAGAGACAGCAACAAGCCGUUGCAUGCGGCAGCGAGGGGUGAAGCGUCGUCAGGGUUCCAUUGAGGAUGUCAUAGCUCGGCAGCAUCUGCCGCCGGGUCCCAGCAACCUGCAAGAGCUGAUGCAGUUCCCGGAGCACAUGGUGUGGACAGUGUUUGAGCGUGCAGAUUUCAAGAGCCGUGUUUUGAGCUUGCUGCAGCAUGGUGUAUGUGAGAGCAGUGACUACUCUGGUGUUUUCGCUGAAGGCGAAGCUAAGAGGCUGAUGUUCAGGGCCAUUGAGCGGCAGACGGGCUUCAAGGUGCCCCAUGUCGCCACUAGAACAUGCGACAUCGAUUCCUCGGCACAAGCAACGCUGGUCCACAUCUCAGAUGUGCAAGAGCGUGGGAACAUGUGCGUGUUUCCUGACAUACGGCAACAGGUGCAUCAACUAGCGCAGGAUUGGUUGGACGGCUGUGCUCCGGGCCCUGAAGCCACACAGGAUCAACAGGCUCAGGCCUAUGAAGCGAUGCAUGAUUGGCUCCGGCGGAACGGGAGCUGGGCUGUAAACCAGGACAGAUGA